CGGGCACGGCACUCGAGGCGAGCGCGGCAACCACCGCGGCUCUCCGAAGGCUCCCGCGCCCCCCGGGGCAGCUGGGCGGGGUAAUGCCCUCGGUGAUGGAGAAGCCGAGCGCGGGCUCCGGGAUCCUGUCCCGCAGCCGGGCCAAGACGGCGCCCAACGGCGGACAGCCCCACUCGGAGGAUGACAGCAGCGAGGAGGAGCACUCGCACGACAGCAUGAUCCGCGUUGGAACCAAUUACCAGGCCGUAAUUCCGGAGUGCAAGCCUGAGAGCCCAGCCCGCUACAGUAACAAGGAGCUGAAGGGGAUGUUGGUGUGGUCGCCCAACCACUGUGUGUCAGAUGCCAAGCUUGACAAGUACAUUGCGAUGGCCAAGGAGAAGCAUGGCUACAACAUUGAGCAGGCACUGGGCAUGCUCUUGUGGCAUAAGCACGAUGUGGAGAAGUCGCUGGCCGACUUGGCCAACUUCACCCCGUUCCCUGACGAGUGGACCGUGGAGGACAAGGUGCUGUUUGAACAGGCCUUUGGCUUCCAUGGCAAAUGCUUCCAGCGGAUCCAACAGAUGCUCCCUGACAAGCUGAUCCCCAGCCUGGUGAAGUAUUACUACUCGUGGAAGAAGACCCGUAGCCGGACCAGCGUGAUGGACAGACAGGCUCGGCGGCUGGGGGGCCGAAAGGACAAAGAAGACAGUGAUGAGCUUGAAGAGGGCCGGGGAGCCGUUAGUGAGGGAGAGCCGGACGCUGGAGACCCUAAGAGAGAGCCUCUGCCCUCUCGGCCCCUGAAUACUCGGCCAGGCCCCGGGAAGAAGGAGGCCCAGGGAUCUCAGUACCGUCACCACCCGCUGCGAACCCGACGCCGCCCACCCAAGGGCAUGUACCUGAGCCCUGAGGGCCUCACGGCUGUGUCAGGAAGCCCAGACCUCGCCAACCUCACUCUUAGAGGCCUUGACUCACAGCUCAUCUCCCUCAAGCGCCAGGUACAAAGCAUGAAGCAGACCAACAGCAGCCUCCGCCAAGCGCUGGAGGGGGGCAUCGAUCCACUGCGCCCCCCGGAGGCCAACACCAAGUUCAACUCUCGCUGGACCACCGAUGAGCAGCUUUUGGCCGUACAAGCCAUCCGGAGGUACGGCAAAGACUUCGGGGCUAUUGCAGAGGUCAUUGGAAAUAAGACCCUGACCCAGGUGAAGACCUUCUUCGUGAGCUAUCGGCGCCGCUUCAACCUGGAGGAGGUGCUCCAGGAAUGGGAGGCCGAGCAGGAUGGGGCCCCCGGAGCCCCAGUCCCAAUGGAGGAGGCUAGGAGAGGGGCCCCCUUGCCGGCCCCAGCCCUCGAGGAAGACGAUGAGGUGCAGAUCACCUCCGUCUCAACGUCUGUGCCCCGAUCGCUGCCCACCGUGCCGCCUCCACCGCCGCCUCCCGCCUCGCUGUCCCAGCCACCGCCGCUGCUGAGGCCGCCUCUGCCCACGGCGCCCACCCUGCUCCGCCAGCCGCCCCCACUCCAGCAGGGCCGGUUCCUCCAGCCCCGCCUGGCCCCCAACCAGCCCCCACCACCUCUCAUCCGCCCUGCUCUGGCUGCCUCCCGCCACGGUGCCCGGCCCGGUCCUCAGCCCCCACCCACCCUGAUUGGAGCCCCCCUGGAGCCUCCAGCACCCUCACUCUGA